UCUUGCCAUCUUGUCGAGUGGUUGAGUAAGGAGAGCGGCAGGCAGGAGUUAGCUACGCGUUAGCUUUCUGCCGCUGUGGUAAAGUGGUUAUCUGUCAGCUAGCUGCUAGGAGCAGCUGCCAAAAGUGAGUUGUCCACCCGACGAGAGGCAAAACUUCACUGACUUUGAGACGUUUUCUCCGCCUCCCGCUUGAUUAUAUACUCUUUUUUUCGGAAAGCCAAUGGAUUUGUUUACAUCAUGAUUUCUCACAUGCUGGUAUAGGAGAGGGGGGAGUAAGCUAACGACAGCUAACUUAGCUAGUCGGUGGUGAAUACAUAUAGUGGGCCCGCCUCAGACUAAAGUACCGGUGGCAGCUGCCGAACGAGAACUUUGACAACAUCGGCCUGUUUGCAACUCCGCUGUCGGGACACAAGGAAGGCCGAGCGGGUGUCGGAGAGGCCGUCAUAGGAGCAUCAGUCACCCGCGUGCUGGGACCGGACAUCACGGAGUUUUUUUGGGGGGAGCCUCGCUUCGGUUGUGACACUUUUCUCCAAACAAGAGAGGAGGAAGAGGGUACGGAAUGGAAAUGUCCUGUGAUUAUACGUGUCUGUGUCACAUCCCUCAGCUGUGAAUUCACCUCGCAGGACUUGUAUCAGUCCAAACACUUUGUUUGAUCUGGAAGAAGACGGACUUUAACGCAGGUGCUGGUCAAACAUGUCGAAAAUGCCGGCGAAGAAGAAAAGUUGUUUCCAGAUCACGAGUGUCACGCAGGCUCAGGUGGCGGCCAGCAGCAUCGCCGACGACACCGAGAGCCUCGACGACCCGGACGAGUCCCGGACGGAGGACGGCUCGUCGGAGAUAUUUGACGUCUCUCGGGCCGACCUCGGGGUGUGUGAGAUGAGUUCAUCCGAGGAAACGUUAAGCAACGUCGGGGAGCCUCAGGAGGGUCCGCCGCCCACCAGCGCCCCUGUGAACGGGGGACUCUCUUAUCAAAGCACAGGCACUGGUCGUGCCACCCCACAUCAUUUAGGAGGGCCCGUGCCAGCUACGACUCAACCCUUUGUCCCGAGCUCAGCCAUCCACCCGUCAGUCAUCAAUACAGCCCCUGCCGCCACUAUCCCCACCAGUGUAGCUCCCGUGAGCACCAGCUGUAGUUCCCGUUUCAGGGUCAUUAAACUUGACCAUGGCACUGGGGAGCCCUUCAGACGGGGCAGGUGGACAUGCACCGAGUUCUACGAGAGAGAUUCCGAUUCAAAUGUCAAUAGAACUGUGGAUAGCAUAAAGUCAAGUGUAAACCUUGAUCACAGUAUAGACCGGGACAGUGGGCUCGGGCCCACCAGUAACCCUGUGUUCACCAGCAGUGCUUUUUCUGCACAGACUUUGGGGAACACCGCGGACAGUGGCUACUCCGUGGUGCACCCCGCCCAUCCCCACUCUUCUGAGCCUCUGCAGCAAGGCUACAGCCUGGCUCCUCAGACAGGGAGCGUAGCAAGUGCCUUCCAGCCCACAGGGUAUAUGACUACAGCAUCACAGCAACCACAACAGGCCCAGGUCAAUAUGCAGCCUGUUGCUACCCAGACCUUCCUCUCCAACAGCCUCAAUGGUGUCCACCAUGGUGCCAUGCAUCAGAAGACUCCCGUUAUACCUCCUGCCACGCAGGCCCAGCAGUUUGCCUAUUCUACUCAUCCUACUGGCCUCUCUACUGGUCAGCUGGACUAUAGUCAGCAGCACUUUGUCUCAAGCACUCAGAACCUUCCCAUGUCUUCUCUCCCUGUGGGGCUUCCAACUAGCCAGGUACCAUCGCCUCUAAUCACCGCCGCUGGUCCAGGAGCCCAAGGGCUUGGCGGAGAGGCAGCCUCAGCCCAGGGUCUCCUGCUGCAAGUAGGAAAUACAUCAGCCAUGGCACCCAUCCUCCCAGGAAAUGGCCAACAGCAGCAUUUGAGCCAGACUCAGCCUUCAGGAGGGCUAGGCACAGCCCCUGCACUUUCCAACACAUCCCACAGCUGUGUGAACGCACCUGCCACAGUGCCCAGUACCACCAGCACCCCUCCAGGAGUGCAAAACCAGGCGCCCGGCACAGGAGGACUCAUCCUGCACCAAGGAGCCCACGGAGGAGCAUCAACAGGCCUUCCCUCUGUCUUCAGUUACCAGACCGAAGAUAGCAGGCAGAAGUCCGAUGCCCAUCUUCAGCCCAGUUCCAUUGUGGUGCCAGGGAAAGAUGGUGUACGGCCUUUCUUCGGCCAGGGCCUUAACCUGCCCACUCCUGGUGUCAACAGCCUGUUUGGCAUCCAUAUUACCAUGGAUGUGGAUGAGGACAGUGCAUCCGGUGCCAGCGUCGUCGCUAUCGAUAACAAGAUUGAGCAAGCCAUGGACUUGGUGAAGAGCCACCUCAUGUAUGCUGUUCGCGAGGAGGUGGAGGUGUUGAAGGAGCAGAUCAAGGAGCUGUACGAGAGGAACUCCGUGUUGGAGCGCGAAAACGCCGUGCUGAAGUCGCUGGCCAACACGGAUCAGCUCGGCCAGGUGUCCAGUCAGCUCAACCACGGCAGCAGCACGCCGCCGCCUCUGCAACAGCAGCAACACGCGGCUGUCACAAACGACAACAACAACGGCCCCUUGGCUCACCACGAGGGGAGUCAGAGCGUCCCCCAUCAGCCCAACAUCACCUCGGCGUGACCCCCGCUCCCCCAAAUACACAUGCUCAAACACACACUUCCCAUGGACAGGAGUGGGAGAUCCUGACUGCUGCCGUCCCCUUAGCUUCAUCAAGCAAAAGGCUCGACUCUGCGUUCAAUAUGCUCCAUUUGAGGAAAUCAACAACAGCGACAUCUUUGUUUGCCACCAAGAGCCAUGCUUCAAUGUGUGCUCGUCGCCAUCACCGGGCUUCACAUUAUUAAGACAUUUACCACCCAAUCGAAAAGUCUUAUUCUGUCCCAGUUGUUGGCUGCAAGAAAAGGAGGAAGGGCAGGGGAACCGGUGGACACAGUAAAACUGCAUGUUGUUCUUGUGCAGGAGGACAGGGGUCAAAGGGCUCAGGGAGCUCGAUUUGUUGGGGGCAACAAGUGGUGGAAGAGGGUGGGGUGACCCUGUGAGGGUGACAAGGGGUCCUGUGAAAUCCAGCAUGGUCUGUCCUCCCAGUAUCCCCAAACCCCACAUCGCUCCAGGGCUGGAAGAGGCCAGAGAGCCAAUGGAGAGGUUGGGGAGAGGAUUCGUCCCCCCCCCUGAGCGGAGCAGGAAGCCGACGGGUGCCUCGGCUUGAGCGGAGCGAGUCGAGAGCCUCGACUUGUUAUAUGCUGCAACAAAAGCUUGUGUUGUUUUCUCAGAGCCACCGUACUUUGACAUGAAUCAUAAUACUUUUUUUUUUCCUUUAGUUCAGUUUUAGUAUUUGCAUUUAUUUAUUUCAGGGCUGCUAUUUUCAUAAUGUAAAUGAACAAUGUCGUGGAUUUACUUAUUAACAGAAAAGAAAACCUUUCCUUUUUGGUCUUUUGGUAUUGUAGAAUCUGUCAGGUAUUAAAUUUGGUUGUCUCAUGGAACAACUAGAUCUCAAUAAAGUAGGCAAUAAGUUCCAUAAUAGAAAACGUUCUUCUCAUGAAAUAUUGCUAACACUAAAGCCGAGCUUACAUUAGGUGAAAUCCAGGUUGAAUGUAUAUUUUGUAAAGUAUUAAGAGAAAGGAGGGCUUGUACAGGAGGACACCUGUUGUUAAGAUGUGAUGGGAUGUUUCGAUAAAGAAAUCUAUUAAUUUACUUUUUUUCUAGACCUUCUUCGUCAAGACAAAAUACAGAAAUUAAUUAAGGGGUGUGGUCUGGGGGAUGAAAAGCUGUGAAAAUGGUUCAACCUACUUUAUAACCAAAGACGCAAAGCUGUGUAAGUCUUUCUUUCUUUUUUUUCAUUUUUAUUUGCACACAAAUCUUUUUUUUCCUACUCUCUCCUUCCCUAUAUUUUUUUUGUUGCUGUUUUGCAUGUUCUGCAUGAUCUAUAAUCAAACCACUUUCUUACCUCAUGUUUUUAUCCAGCACUUAUUUCGUGUCAGUCUGUGAAUGAUUGUGAAAAGGCUUUAUGAAAGAGAAAGGGAACAAUGGGCAGAGAGGGUGGAGUAAGUGGUUGAGGGUAAGAAUAAAAAAAGAAUGGCACGGUGUUUAUAUCUUUCACAAAACACAAGUCAGAAAAGGAGCCAUCUUUUUUUCCGUUUUCAUGUCAGUGCUGUGUUGACUUUCAUAUGCAGAGAAAAAGGUUUUGUUACAUUGCAGAUUUUAAUGUAUUUAAUGAAUGCAGCAUUUAGAUUUUGAUUGUAGUGUACCAACACUUUGCUUACAAAAAAAUAACAUCUGCAAAAAAAGACAAUGGAAACUAUUAAACAUUUCACACUUUAAAAGCUGGAACCCAGUCGAUUGUGUGUGAGCAUAUUAUGGGAUGUCCUGUUCGUGUCGCGUCUUUCGUGCCUCCUGUGCCGUCGUCUGCUGUCGUCAGGCGAUUCGGUUUCUUUCUCUGUGGCUUGGAACCAAACCAAAAUGCUUGGUAAUUGUACAAUCAGUCAUCUUUCUACAGGAUGGACUCUUUGAUUUUUCUUUUCUUUUCUUUUGCAAACAGGCUUACUUCUUCUUCUUUAGAGUAUUCUUUUCUGUUUUUCUUUCAUUUGAAGGAGAUGCCGUGUACAUGCCAAGUGUACUGUAUGAAAGUGAUCACUGAGCCUUGGAGAAAAUAUCUUAACAAUGCCCUUGUAAUGUGCUGUUCAGACAAUUUAGUUUUCAGUCAAAAAUAAAUUACUGUUUUAUUAAGAGAA